CUCUUUUGAAUUCAACUUCGUCAGCUCUCUCUUUUUCUCUCUCACCGGAAAUGGCCGCCGUCGUCGGAGGAGUGCAGGAGUCCCAAAGCUCCGAGAACAGCCUCGAGGCCGAGGAGCUCGCUCGCUUCGCCGUCCAGGAGCACAACAAGAAGGAGAAUACUCUGCUGGAGUUUGUGAGGGUGGUGAAGACGAAGCAUCAAGUUGUUGCGGGGACUGUGUACUAUUUGACUAUUGAGGCCACCGAUGGGGGCCAGAAGAAGCUCUUUGAGGCCAAGGUCUGGGUUAAGCGAUGGCUCAACUUCAAGGAAGUCCUGGAAUUCAAGCCCGUCGCCGACGCCUAGUUUGUUUUCUCAGGCAUUAGAAGGUCUUGCAAAGUUUAAGAUGCUUCUAAAGGUCAGGGAAGCAAAGAAGAGUAACUUAAUGUUGAAGUGCAUACGAAUAAUGAAGGUACCAUGAAUCUGAGUCAGAUGGAGCUUAACUUUCUGCAUAUAUGGGUUUGUAGUAUACCAAUCUUCUAUGAAUUGGGUGUAAUAUGCUACGUUUCUGUUGGUAUGUCUUUACAAUGUUGAUACAGACACUAGUUACUAAGGUAUUGUUGUGUAUUUUCCUAUCCUAAUCAUAUCAGUGAUAAUUCCUAUA